AUGAUACGAUUUGCGUCGGAUUGCGUGAUGAGCGUAGGAGCAGUGGAGUCACAUGCUAGGCAGUUGGCCGAAGUGGUUGUUGAAGCCGACGUGCGAGGUCACUACAGUCACGGAUUGAAUCGACUAGAUCAUAUAAUUUGCAAUGUGCUCUUUGCAGAGAUGUACGUGAUGGAUUUAGAGAAGAAAACAUGCAAACCUGACGGUGUUCCAAAAAUACUAAAAGAGCGGGCGGCUUGUGCAUGGGUAGAUGGCGAAAACCUCCUUGGACCUGUGGUUGGUAACUUUUGCAUGGAUUUGGCAAUACAAAAAGCAAAGCAAGCUGGUGUCGGUUGGGUAGUUGCAAAAGGGUCAAACCAUUACGGAAUUGCUGGCUGGUAUGUCAUGAGAGCGAUGCGAGAAGGCGUUAUAGGGAUGUCAAUGACGAACACCUCUCCAAUAUCAUAUCCAACUAGGUCUUCUCAGCCGGCGCUAGGAACCAAUCCUAUAGCUGUCGGUGCUAACGGGACCUCAGGUGAUUCG